GCUAAAUCGGAAAACCCUAAUGAUUCAUUGCCGACAGAGAAUUUGCUUUUAUGGAUCGAUUUGUUUCGUUUAACCUCGUCCGAAAGGUAUGCAGCAAGUGUAAUUUUCACUCGAAGACAGCAAUAAAUAAUAUCAGUGUGGGGCAUUGAGCCGUGCUUUAAACCUCGCGGGCCAGUAAAAAAUAGGUGCGAUUUUUUCAGUCUUUUGUUUACUGAGAAGAAGCGGUUUUAUUUUAUUCCUCUAUUGUUUACCACGCUUUUCAAUACAUGAAUAAUAUGUGAUUUUAAUUCUAAUUAUUCAGCCCGUGUUCUAAAGAACGACUGUAAAAUAUAAACUUCAUUUCCUUAUAGAUUCAAAGUUCUCUAGCGCGAAAUUUGAAUGUUGCCAUCUCGGAAACAGAAUAACCAGUAUAUAAAAAUCAGAACCAAAGCGUAUGCGAUCAAACAAACUGAAUUGUAUGUUCUCAGCCGCUUCUAUUCGAGCCCAUAUUUUAGUUCCUUACAGCAAUUUAGACAAGCAGGAUGAGCAUGUUUUGCGUAAAAGUUGCUCCCACUAGGCUAAGCCCGACAUAAAACACAAGGAUGCAACUGGUAAACUCGUCUGUUCAGCACUUACCUCACACUAACACUACUGCGUCGUAUGUUUCUUCCUGACUACUGUAACUCUUAUCCACCCCCUGGGUUGAAAUUGCUCCUUACUUCGAUCGCGCGGAAAAUUCACACGUCAUCGGAAAGAAGUUGUCGGAAAUGUUGAAAUUUCCCGGGCGUGAAAGCUAUUGUUUCACGCUGAUCGUUUUUGUCCUUACAUGGCGAGAUACGAUCAAAAAUAACAAUACAGAACAAUACCUAUUGUUCCCGAAUUCAGGUCGCUUUUCUUGAUACGGAAGUUCUUAUUUAAGCUUAGUUUUUUAUAAUAGCGUCCUAUGAAUUUACCAGAAUCGCCUCUCAGGGGCAGUUGCUUGUAGUGAAGCAUUUUGUAGCACACUCGUAAACAAGCAAUGUAAGGCGUAAGUCUUUGCUUGGAUGAGACGUCAAAAAUAAAAAUUAGUUUUCUGGACCUAAACACACAUUCACAGACUGCUUUAUAUUGAGUUGAUUACAACUUUGCAUUGAAAUCUGUAGCAUGUUCAUUUUUUUAAAAAGCGAAAUCGAAAUCUGAUUUUGGCAUUUGAUUUACGGAUAUUUUAUUUUGUCUCCAAAAGUGAUUGUAAUAGAAGUAUGAUUGUCUUUCAAACAACAGUCUUCAGUAGCCGAAGAAAAGAGAGGAUAAUAACUUUUAGCCUAAUCGGCUCCUGAUUUUUAAGUUUUUUGAUUCUUUAGUUUCAUGUUUUUAAAAAAUUCUAAUUUUCGCAAAGUUAACACAAAACCGUUUUUGGAUUCAUAAAUUUCCCCAAGAAACACACCCUGCGAAAUACCGCAACCAAUGUUUGCAAUAUGUAGUUACAAUUACUACCGGCUCGUUUAUUAUCUGCUUGGAGAUAAUUGACUAUUUUGUAGGUUGCGCGCGCAAUGCAUGAUUUUCAAUGUCCGUCUGUUUUUCGUGUGAUGAUGUGUUUGUCACUAUUCUCUUCAAAACAAUAUAUGACGUGUUAUCUACCUCGACCUUCGGCUUCGCCUGACAACAGUUACCUCGAUCUUGAUUUCCCCGGAUAUCAAAAUAACCCAAUCUAAAAAUUGUUUGAUAUUCACCUCACGCUUCGUCAGUAAAGCGUAUCAUAUUAUCAACAUUUUAAAAAAUGAGGUUAGCAAUUAAGUCAGGCGAGAAAAAACUAUUUAUUCCUUACAGCCCGCGCGUAGCGACGGCUCAAUUCUUUGUUCGCAUCGCUUAUGGAAAGUGCGUGGAUCGCACAGCGAGGUAGAAACCCGAGUUGGCUUUACAUAUACUGUGAAUGGCCUAAUAAACGCCCGGGGCGUCUAUUUAAUUUUAGGGAUCCAAGCGGGGGCGUUUCAUAGAUAGGAGAUGUUUAAAAGAGAGAGGCGAUUAUUCUCAUGACUGCAACAAGCUAGUAGUAUACUAUAUAGAAAAUUAAGCUCCGUUGGUGGAUAGGUGAGGAUGGUUUAGGGAUAGUCGCUUUAGGAAUAGUCUAUGACGUCACCCGUUGUUACAACCUAGGGGAAAAGUGCCUUCUUGCAUAUUAAUUAUGUGUCUAGUCUGUUGUUAGUAAGUGUCUAGUCACUGCCUAAUGAGCGUCUCUCUACUACAAUAGGCAAAAUAGGCUUGCCUAGAUUUGCUCAGUAAGUAACUUUUGUCCGGUUUUGCCGGAACGUCUGUUUAAAAUAUAGGAAUACGAGGAGCGAUCACCUAGCAACGUGAGAAACGGCUUAAGUCUUCUAUUUAGCGCUAAAAAAAUCGGAUAUAUAAACAAAACUACACAAGAAAUACCGUUUUAAAAACUUACUGAACACCGACGACAAAAAGAGUAAAAUACACAGCGAUUUGAAGGGAAUGAAAAAUUAAGAGAGAAUACUUCAUGGAAAGUGAUGGCGUACGGUAUUUACUAUCCUCGGAGACCCAGGGGCAGUCGGGAGAAAAGGCGGGACGAAAGUUUUCAUUACGGGCGAAAGAGCCCCUGGGUACCGACUCUCACCGGACCAUUUCCAAAAAUUCAAGCGGAGCCGGCUCCUGAUUGGGCACAAAAAAUGCUUUGUAUUAUUGUGCCCAAUCGGCAAACACAUCUCAAUGAGUUGUUUUCGUGUGUUCGUACAUGAAGGCUAUUUUCUCGAUCACGGCUUGUCUAGCUUAUGCACCAAAGAAAUGCACGCAGUCAGGAAACUUUCGGUUUGAUAUAAAAUCUCCAUCUGAUCCAGCUCGCUUACUUUGUCAAAUGCAAAUGAACUCUUCCGAACCAUAUCAAAGUUCAUGAAGAGAAUGAAUUUUGUUAUUGCUUGUUUACUCCUUCGCAAAACGUGAAGUUAGGCAUUUUCACGGGUAGUCGUGCAGUUAACGACAAAGAAAUGUACAAAAAAGCGUGAUGCACGUGCAAAGUUGUUGUUUUGCCUUGCAAAGCUAUUACUUAUUUGAAUUUCUCAUCGCCGCCGCAUCUUAAUUGUGAUCCGUCAAAAACAGAAUAUUCCCGGGGCAAAUUCAAUUGCUCUUGCUGAUAGUAACCCAAACGUCUUUUCAACUCAUCGGUAAUUCCUUUGCUUCUGGUUAGGAACUAGAAAAUAAAAGUUUCCCUUGUACGCACAAGCUUGAUGAACGAACCAGGCAAGUGUGGCGAGACAAUAGCCGUCGUGUACGAACUCACGAAAAGAACUCAGGAGCAACUGUUCGCCGAUUGGGCACAAUAAUACAAAGCAUUUUUUGUGCUUAAUCAGGAGCCGUUAUCAGCUUGAAUUUUUGGAAAUAGUUCGGUGAGAGUCGGUACCCAGGGGCUCUUCCGCACUUACUUGAAAACUUUCGUCCCGCCUUUUUUCCCGACCCGACUGACUGCCCCUGGGUCUCCGAGGAUGGGUAUUUACGCACGAGUUGUUGACGUAUCAGAAAUCUUACUCGUUCGCUGCGCUCACUCGUUCGAUUUCUGAUACAAAAACAACGAGUGGGUAAAUACCGUACAAAGCGCUUUCCAUGUGGUAUUGAGUUUAUUAUACAGUGAAACCUGUAUUAAGCGGACACCCUCGGGGAAUGCUGUAGUGUCCGCUUAACGGGGCAGGGUGUCCGCCUGAUACAGGUUUCGAUAUAUGACGUCAUAUGAGCUGUAUGAGGUGUCAAAUGCCAUUCAAAUGAACAGUGGAACCGUUUAUAAUACUCCCAGAGACUAUGACGAUAGACGUUUGCAUUAAUUUCUUUAUCAAAGUGAACCAAUUGAUCAUAGUACCAUAAACAUGGAUUGCAACUCAAAUUUGAAGAAAUCAGAUGAGUGAAACAAGCUCUAUACAAACAAAACGAAACAGAAAACAAUCCUGUACUGUGAAACUAAUCAAAUCAGUUCGUCAAGUCACGUUUUUUAAUGUAAAAAUCGAAAAAUUUUUGGGUGGCAAUUCGAGGCAAUAUUUCGCAUUUCCGGUGUCUGGCAUGUUGGGUGGUAGAAUUUGAUUACAAGUGUCCGUUUAAUACAGGUUGGCAACAAUAGAAAUGGGCCUUUUAAGGUACUUUUUAGGUGUAAUAAAGGUUUCAUUUAAAGUAAAUAAGGGAAAUAAAUUUGGGGACUUCGGCUACUGUCCGCUUAAUAGAGGGUGUCCGCUUAAUACAGGUUUCACUGUAUACAUACUGAGACAUUCAGCGAACGAGUAAGAUUUCUGAUACAAAAACAACGAGUGCGUAAAUACCGUACAAAGCACUUUCCAUGUGGUAUUGUGUUUAUUAUAUACAUACUGAGACAUUCAUCAUUUUGGCGGUAUUUUUAUUUUAAAUCUUUCAAAAAUGCUAAACUUUGCCGCUACACACUUACUGCAAAAUGACAACGAAAACGAAGUAUCAGCUUUUUAGUAAAAACGUUUGUUAAAAACAUAAAUGACGGUAAGGAUAUGAGGUAAUCCGAGAACUAUAAGUAAUCUUAACUGUUUGUUUUCAAUGCACAAUUGAAAAUGAGUGAGUUUAAGUAAAAUGGCCGGUUUCAAUAUAAGCUUAAGCUUAAAUGAAAGUCAAAGUAGCUCCGACAAAAAUAUACCUGCCAACUCUCACGCCUUAGGCGUGAGUCUCACGCCUGCGGGUUGAAAACUUCGAUCUCACGCCGGCUCACGCUUGCGGGCCAAUUUCUCACGCCUGAUUGAAAAAUGUGAGUUGUUGCCGUCUUCCUUGACACAAUUUCCAAAAAUAUGUUAACUCAAACCCAUGUAAGAAACGAAAACCAUGUGUAAAAUGAAUAAAUGACAAUACCUUCCUCGCGAUCUCUGAUUUUUGAAGUGAAAAGCAAGUGAAAACUUAGCCUUCUUGUGAAUAAGACAGUUCUUGUACCAUUUCUAGCUAUUUCUUGUGAAACCAAUCAGUAGGAAGGUGAACGCAUUAUAAUAAUAAUAAUUAUUAUUAUUAUUCCUUUAUUUAUCCUCGGUAGUAUUUAUAGCACUUAUGCUAUUGGUGCCGAGCAAAAGACUGAAACAAGUAAUUCAAAUAAAAAAUAACGGGGUUAAGAAUCCCAAUUAGUCGGAGGCAAACCAGCUGCAGCUAUUUACAAGUGUGGUCAAAGAUUUGAACUCGGGACUACCGUGAACAAAUCUAGCUAGCGGUCAGGGCGGGACUUGAACUCGGGGCCUCCGAAUUGCAAGUCUAGCGCUCUAACCGCUCGGCCAUGCUGCCUUCUUACAAUUGAAGAAGGGUAAUACAACCAAAACCCUUGUGUUAAACAACACUUUCUGAUAUUCUGUUUCAACAAUAUUAUUUUAGGAUUUGUUUAAUUGCAAAUGUAACGCAUCUCAUUUCGUUUAUUUUCCGACCAUACCUGAGAUUUUAGACCUUUUAAAAGUGUUUUCUCUAAAAGCAGUGCUUUUUAUAAUAUUCCGACCUCGCGUGGUUAAAAUACCAUAACUUCAAGCUGAUUGGUGAGGGAGGUUUUCUUGGUUAAGUGGUAACGCUUAAUUGUUUUUCUUGCUGGAAGCUCAUUAGGUUUAACUACUUACAAAGUGAUUUUAAUUUCCUUUCGCUCUGUUUUACGGCUAUUAUGAUUAUUUGUAUAAAUAUCAUGAUUAUCGUUUAAUUAGGCCAUAAUUAUCCACGAUUUAGCUUCUGUUUUGUUUUUCAAAGUCUGGUAUUUUAGCCUGAGCUAACGCCGCACAAACUUCGUUAUUUUUUAUAAAUUAUAUCGCAAUCCACGCUGCAAGCUUUUUCACCUUAUAAAUAUCCCCGUUUAAGAAACAGCUGACGUAGCCUUUCACAUAUUUUAAACUGGAUCGGGGGGCUUAUUCCUCAAUAAACUGAAUACGGUGAAGAGAGCUAAUCUUCGACCAAAUUUUCGACAGCUCCUUGUUAAGUUUGGGGGUAGUUAUCUCAGCAACUGGUGAAAACGAGCUGUUUGCGAGAUCUCAAUCAAAAUGGCUGUUGCAUUCAGCAUUUCUUGCACCUGAAGCAGGGAUUCCUGGGCCGUCUUGAACUGCCGAUGUGUUUCCUACCGAUGUGUUUGUUUCUUCAUCUUCUCCAGAGGUUUUGACGGCCUCCAGAAGUCGCUUUGACAAGACAGUGUUCGAACCUCUGUCAUCAAGCGCUAGUUAAGAAAGCUCCGCCUUUAGCUCAGAUGCAGUAAUUUACAUAUAAAUAAGACCAUUUUGAGUCUCCGUCAAGGAAAACUGAUAUUCUUUCUUUUCUCGAAAAUAAAAGGCUUUUGCAAGAAAACAGUUUACAUCAGAUUAAUCAUUUACCUAAAAGCUACCUAUGGAAAAAAGAAAAUGAAAGAAAUCGAAUUUUCAACUCUUGCCACUCAAUACUCAAACUUUCCUGACGGCCUCUCUUAAACUGUUUGGCACAUUAAUCCAAAUCUAACGGUUUAAAUUGAGUAGCAUUUUUUAAGCCAUGUCUUGUGACUAUUAAUGCCUACUUAUCUGCAUCUUUUCUUGUGAAACAGAUUACUGUAUAGGAGAACGCAUUCCAACACGCAGUUUACUGUUCAGAUUUCUUUUUUUUUAAUUGUAACUCGGGCUACGUGAGAGUACAGCUUCUCCAGUGUUCUUUUGUCCGGAUUUCAGGCCGUAAUUAUUAAGUAUGUCAAAUAUGCAAAAUAACACUGAUGCGUUUUCAUGGAAACGAAGUAAAGACAAGAGUCGGAAAUUGAAACAAAUAUCCCUCGCAAGCCAUCCUUCUUUCUUUUGUUUUUCAAUUGUUCAUUCCAAAGAUGCUUUAAAGAGUCAGUUACAACUUUGUAUGACCAUAUAGAAAACGUUGUAGGAACAAAAUUUCAAAACUACCACAAAUAGUCAUUUGGGGUACAUAACCCCGCUUUUUUGUAAGAAAAACUGUUAACGUUAUGAUACUGAAUUAUGCGAGUUAAGCUAACGAGUUGUGUGAUGAAUUUUUUCUUAUACUGAAGAAGGGUUAUACACCCAAAACACCUAUUUUGUCGACCAUUUCUAGAAACAAUCACAGGAAAAUAACUUUUGUAGCAACAUCUUGAAUUUUUCUUUUCAAUUUUUUACAGGGAUCUUAGUUCCAACAACAUUGUGGAUCUUGACGCAGGGGUAUUCUCCAACCUGACAAAUUUGCAGCGGCUGUAAGAUGUCUGAAUACUUGUUAAAUAACGUUUGGUUUAGACUGUUUGACAUACUAUUUCAAAUCUUAGUAAAUAGUUAGUUUAGCUAGUGAAGAAAGCUCCGUCUUUAGUUGAGAUACACUUAAUUUACACUUAAAUAAGGCCAUUUUGAGCCUCCGUCCAGGAAAAUUGAUAUCCUUUUUUUUCUCGAAAAUAAAAGGCUUUUGCGAGAAACCAGUUUACAUCAGAUAAAUCAUUUACCUUAAAGCUACCUAUGGAACAAGAAAAACAAAAGAAAUCGAAUUUUCAACUCUUGCCACUCAAUACUCAAACUUUCCUUACCGUCGCUCUUAAACUGUUUGGCACAUUAAUCCAAAUUUAGCGGCUUGAAAUGAGUGGCAUUUUUUACGAAAUGUCUUGUGAAUAUUAAUGCCUACUUAUCUGCAUUAUUUCUUGUGAAACAGACUACUAUAAAGGAGAACGCAUUCCAACACGCAGUUUACUGUUUAGAUUUCUUUUUUUUUUAAUUGUAACUAGGGCUACGUGAGAGUACAGCUUCUCCAGUGUUCUUUUGUCUGGAUUUCAGGCCGUAAUUAUUUAAUAUGUCAAAUAUGCAAAAUAACACUGAUGCGUUUUCAUAGAAACGAGGUAAAGACAAGAGUCGGAAAUUGAAAACAAAUAUCCCUCGCAAGCCAUCCUUCUUUCUUUUGUUUUUCAAUUGUUCAUUCCAAAGAUGCUUUAAAGAGUCAGUUACAACUUUGUAUGACAAUAUAGAAAACUUUGUAGGAACAAAAUUUCAAAACUACCUCAAAUAGUCAUUUGGGGUACAUAACCCCUCUUUUUUGUAAGAAAAACUGUAAACGCUAUGAUAAUGAAUUAUGCGAGUUAAGCUACCGAGUUAUGUGACGACUUUUUCUUACACUGAAGAAGGGUUAUACACCCGAAACACCUAUUUUGUCGACCAUUUCUAGAAACAAUCACAGGAAAAUAGGUUUUGUAGCAACAUCUUGAAUUCUUCUUUUCAAUUUUUUACAGGUAUCUUAGUUCCAACAACGUUGUGGAUCUUCACGUAGGGGUAUUCUCCAACCUGACAAAUUUGCAGGAUCUGUAAGAUGUCUGAAUACUUGUUUAAUAACGUUUGGUUUAGACUGUUUGACAUACUAUUUCAAAUCUUAGUAAAUAGUUAGUUUAGCUAGUGAAAAAAGCUCCGUCUUUAGUUCAGAUACACUUAAUUUACACUUAAAUAAGGCCGUUUUGAGCAUCCGUCCAGGAAAAUUGAUAGUCUUUUUUUUCUCGAAAAUAAAAGGCUUUUGCGAGAAAACAGUUUACAUCAGAUAAAUCAUUUACCUUAAAGCUGCCUAUAGAAAAAAAAAUACCAAAAGAAAUCGAAUUUUUAACCCUUGCCACUCAAUACUCAAACUUUCCUGAGGGUCUCCCUUAAACUGUUUGGCACAUUAAUCCAAAUCUAACGGUUUAAAUUGAGUGGCAUUUUUUAAGCCAUGUCUUGUGAAUAUUAAUGCCUAGUUUUCUGCACCAUUUGUUGUGAAACAGAUUAUUAUAAAGGAGAACGCGCUGAAAUACGUAGUUGGCUGUUCAGAUUUCUAUUUUUAAUUUUAACUCGGGUUACGUGAGAGAACAGCUUCCCCACUGUUUUUUUCUCCGGAUUUCAGACCAUAAUUAUUAAAUAUGCAAAUAUGCAAAAUAACACUGAUGCGUUUUCAUGGAAACGAAGUAAAGACAAGAGUCCGAAAUGGAAAAGAAAUAUAUCUCUUGCAAGCCAGCCAGCCUUCUUUCUUUUUCUUUUUUAAUUUCUUUUAUUCCAAAGAUGAUUUGAAGGGUCAAUUUAUAGCUUUGUCUGACGAUAUAGAAUAAUGUUGUAGGAACAAAAUUUUAAAACUGCCACAAAUAGUCAUUUGGGGUACAUCAACCCUCUUUUUUGUAAGAAAAACUGUUAACGUUAUGAUAAUAUAUUUAUGCCAGUUAAGCUACCAAGUCAUGUGACAACUUUUUCUUACACUGAAGAAAGGUUAUACACCCGAAACACCUAUUUUGUCGACCAUUUCUAGAAACAAUCACAGGAAAAUAGCUUUUGUAGCAACAUCUUGAAUUUUUCUUUUCAAUUUUUUACAGGUAUCUUAGUUCCAACAACAUUGUGGAUCUUCACGUAGGGGUAUUCUCCAACCUGAUAAAUUUGCAGGAGCUGUAAGAUGUCUGAAUACUUGUUAAAUAACGUUUGGUUUAAACUGUUUGACAUACUAUUUGAAAUCUCUAAUGCUUUGUAUGACAAUAUAGAAAAUUUUUCUUUGUAGGAACAAAAUUUCAAAACUACCUCAAAUAGUCAUUUGGGGUACAUCAACCCUCUUUUUUGUAAGAAAAACUGUUAACGUUAUGAUAAUGUAUUUAUGCCAGUUAAGCUACCAAGUCAUGUGACAACUUUUUCUUACACUGAAGAAGGGUUAUACACCCGAAACACCUAUUUUGUCGACCAUUUCUAGAAACAAUCACAGGAAAAUAGCUUUUGUAGCAACAUCUUGAAUUUUUCUUUUCAAUUUUUUACAGGUAUCUUAGUUCCAACAACAUUGUGGAUCUUCACGUAGGGGUAUUCUCCAACCUGAUAAAUUUGAAGGAGCUGUAAGAUGUCGGAAUACUUGUUAAAUAACGUUUGGUUUAAACUGUUUGACAUACUAUUUGAAAUCUCUAAUGCUUUGUAUGACAAUAUAGAAAAUUUUUUUUUGUAGGAACAAACUUUCAAAACUACCUCAAAUAGUCAUUUGGGGUACAUAACCCCUCUGUUUUGUAAGAAAAACCGUAAACGCUAUGAUAAUGAAUUAUGUGAGUUAAGCUACCGAGUUAUGUGAUGAUUUUUUUCUUAUACUCAAGAAGGGUUAUACACCCGAAACACCUAUUUUGUCGACCAUUUCUAGAAACAAUCACAGGAAAAUAGCUUUUGUAGCAACAUCUUGAAUUUUUCUUUCCAAUUUUUUACAGGUAUCUUAGCUCCAACAACAUUGUGGAUCUUCACGUAGGGGUAUUCUCCAACCUGAUAAAUUUGGAGGAGCUGUAA